AUGUCAGACUCGCCAAAAACUCCAGAUGCACUCAAAAAAGCACUCCCCAGUAAUCCUCGGUUAGAGAUCCCUCGCCCCUUGUUUCAACGCGAGACUACCGCCGUUGACCCCUCGGAAUGGCAAGCUUACACACCGAAGACUUCGCAUGGGUUCAUAGCCAUGCAUACCUCCACACCCGAGGACAUGCAUGAGAACAGGGGUAAUGGAACGCCUACAGCAGUCAAGGAUUACUUCUCAGUGCCAAAAAAGAAGCAUAAUCCUAUUCUUUCUCCUAACCCUGCGCCGUACGAACCGCAUGGUUUCUUGCCACUUUGUUCUGUUGCGGCCGUUGAAGUGGAUACGACCGAUUACUUCGGGCCCUCAGACAUGACUGGUAAAAGUGAUAUUGGAAGUGCAAGCUGCGCUGCUCCGGGUAUGGCCAAGGAUGUCGAGUGUAACGAUGCUCGUCUACUAGAAAGUCAUUAUAGCGAGCGCGAUGUCGCGCCUAAGCCAGAAGAAGAACAAGGUGCUGCAAAGGAACCUGAGGUCGGAUUGCGCGGUGGCAGUGGCGAAGAACUUUGCGACGGAGACAAAGAGACGGUCGAUCAUCCACCUGCAGGCGACGUGCCCGACCCGAGACACCAUCAACGCACAGUCGAAGCUAAUUCCGCGAUCGCUUUAUCGCCCACCGAAAUAGCCCAGAAAGAUUAUACCGAAGAAUGGAAUCCUGUUCCGGCGCUCAAUAGAGCGCUCGAACAGAUGUUACAAGAGGUCGCAACCGUUUGUAAUCUGGCAUUAGAGAUGAACGUGGCCGCCAACGUUCCUCCCAGCACAGAAGACGCGGUCGACAACACUUCGGAAUGUGACGACGCUGAAACGCCAUCACAGCUGCCAACAGAUCGAUCUGAUGAUUCUGACAGCGCUCAUGUGGCAUGA